GCCAAACCAUAGUCCCAACAAAACCUGUUGUUUUUACGCUUUUUUUCUUUCCUUUUCUUUCUUUUUUAACGAAGUAAAAAGGAGUUCAUUGGUGAGGUUUAGCGAUGCUGGAAGGCGGUUUUUGUUUUGUAACUUCUGGACUGGGGCAGACUAGCUCCCAUUUUUUAAAAAGUUUUUAUGCAAAGUUAACGUGGCAGCACAUAAAGUCACCAUAACGCCCUAUUAAGCAGCUCACUUCAACUGCAGACCAAGUUUGUGAACGUCCGGAUCACCAAACUCCAAGACUCAGCUCCCCACUCUCCACUGGAACCGUUAUAACCUCCUCAUUCUGGCAACAUAAGCUGAAGUAAUGGAGAAGUCAAGACGUGGGCAACGUUUAGCAUUCAGCCUCCUGUUUGGGUUGUGGUUACCUUGCUGUUUAACCCAGACCACACCAUCAACUGCAGCCACAAUGACACCUACACCAUCCCCAUCCCCGUCUUCCCAGUCCCAGACAGAACGGCUAAAGGUCAGACUGGCCGGAUACCCUCGAAAACACAACGAGGGUCGGAUAGAGCUUUUCUACAAGGGAGAGUGGGGAACCAUCUGCGAUGAUGACUUCUCGAUAUCUAACGCCAAUGUGCUCUGCCGCCAACUGGGCUUCGUGUCAGCCACAGGAUGGACACACAGUGCCAAAUACGGCAAAGGUCAAGGGAAAAUCUGGCUGGACAAUGUGCUGUGUAACGGAGGUGAGAAGAGCAUUGAAUUCUGCAAGUCUCGCGGCUGGGGCAACAGUGACUGCACUCACGAUGAAGAUGCUGGAGUUGUGUGCAAAGACGAGAGGAUUCCUGGCUUUGUGGACUCAAAUGUUAUUGAUGCCCACGUGGACGAGAACAAAGUAGAGGAGGUGCGACUCCGGCCCGUGGUCGCCAUGGCCAAAAAGAGGCUGCCCAUCACAGAGGGUGUAGUGGAGGUGAAAUAUAAAGAUGGCUGGGCGCAGAUCUGCGACGUGGGAUGGACGAUCAAAAACACCCGUGUGAUCUGCGGCAUGCUGGGAUUCCCACACGAGAGGAAAGUCAACAAGAACUUCUACAAACGUCUGAAAAAGCGAGCAGCUGAGAAGGUCUCCAGGCCAAAGGUUAAUGUUUCAGCCAGUGGAAGGCAGACAUCCAAAGCUAAAGCUAACUCUAAGUCUAAACAGAGCAGCCCUGGCAAAAGGUUGUAUUUGGAGCGUCAGAAGAACCACUUCCUCAUCCACUCUGUGGCGUGUACGGGCACAGAGGUCCACCUGGCAGCCUGCCCCCUGGAGUUCAGCAAGCCAAACACCACAUCGUCCUGCGCGGGCGGCAUGGCAGCUGUCGUCAGCUGCAUGCCAGGGCCACUGUUCACGCAAAACAGUGGCUUGAAAAAGAAACUUAAAACCUCGAGCAACGUGAGGCUGAAGGGAGGUGCCAGGGUGGGCGAGGGCCGGGUGGAGGUGCUGAAAAACAAUGAGUGGGGAACAGUGUGCGACGAUCGCUGGAACCUGCAGUCAGCCAGCGUCGUCUGCAGGGAGCUUGGCUUUGGUAGCGCCAAGGAAGCUCUCACCGGAGCCCGUAUGGGACAAGGAAUGGGACCAAUCUACAUGAACGAGGUGAAGUGUUUUGGUCUGGAGAAGUCCAUCUGGAACUGCCCCUUUAAAAACAUCACAUCAGAGGACUGUCAACACAUGGAGGACGCCGGCGUCCGCUGCAACAUCCCCUACAUGGGCCUCGAGAACUCGAUCCGACUCACAGGGGGACGGACACGUUACGAAGGCCGCGUGGAGGUGCUGGGCUCAGACUCUAAUGGGACGCAGAGAUGGGGUCUGAUCUGCGGAGAGAGCUGGAGCACCAAGGAGGCCAUGGUGGCCUGCAGGCAGCUGGGCUUGGGCUACGCUAACCAGGGCCUGCAAGAAACCUGGUACUGGGACAGCAGCAAUGUGACAGAGAUGGUGAUGAGCGGUGUGAAGUGCACGGGAAACGAGAUGGCUCUGAGUCAGUGCCAGCAUCACAAAACUGUCAGCUGCCAGAAAGCAGCAGCAAAGUUUUCAGCAGGAGUCAUCUGCUCUGAGACGGCCUCUGACCUCGUCCUGAACGCCCCUCUGGUCGAGCAGACGGUUUACAUCGAGGACCGCCCUCUGCACAUGCUCUACUGCGCCGCUGAAGAGGACUGUCUGUCAAAAUCUGCAGCCAAGGCCAACUGGCCGUAUGGACACCGACGCCUGCUUCGCUUCUCCUCCCAGAUCCACAACAUUGGCCGGGCCGACUUCAAACCAAAGGCUGGGCGGCACUCGUGGGUCUGGCAUGCCUGCCACGGUCACUACCACAGCAUGGAUAUUUUCACCCACUAUGAUCUGCUCAACGCCAACGGUACCAAAGUGGCAGAAGGACACAAAGCCAGUUUCUGUCUGGAGGACACAGACUGUCAAGAAGGUGUUUCUAAGAGGUACGAGUGUGCUAACUUUGGCGAUCAGGGCAUCACUGUGGGCUGCUGGGAUUUGUACCGCCAUGACAUCGACUGCCAGUGGAUCGACAUCACAGAUGUUAAACCUGGAAACUACAUCAUGCAGGUUGUGAUUAAUCCCAAUCACGAAGUGGCCGAGAGCGACUUCACCAACAAUGCCAUGAAAUGCAACUGCAAAUAUGACGGACACAGAAUCUGGUUCCAUAACUGCCAUAUUGGUGAUGCAUUCAGCGAGGAGGCAGAGAGGAGGUUUGAGAAAUACCCUGGACAGAAUAACCAGAUUUCUUAAUCAACAAUAAUCUCUCAAUAAACAUGAGAAUCAAGGUGGGGGUUGAAUAAAUAAAAACACACCUCACCAGCUCCAAAAGAAAGACACAAUCCCUUUGUCUUGGAUCCCCCCACAUGUCUCAGAUUAAUUGUAAUCAUGGAAGAAGCCAACAGUAUUUUCCUCUGGUGAAUGUGUUGUAUGUCUGAGUUUAUUAUACUUGAAUAUUCAAGUGCUAAUGUUUUUUUCUGGAUUAUCUUUUCUCAGUCUAAUGUGAGCUAAUGCUAUAUUUUUAUCACAGAAUAGAAUUUUAUAAAGUCAGUUGUACAGCCUGUGUACAGCCUUCUAUUGAAUGUUUUUGUUCCGAGUUAUAAAUGAGGUGUUAUUUUUAAUAAUUUUUUUAUAACCAGAUUUAUUUUUACUUGGAGCAACCAGGUUCAGAACUACCUGAAGUUUUAAUCAGAUUGUAGUGCGUUUAAAAGCUAAAAAGAAAAAAUCAGAGGCAUGAACAGGAACAGAUGCAGCUCUAUGAAAGUCUUUACUGGUGUUAAAUACAUUUUAAAUGAAAGACUUUCCAUCACCAGAAACCUGCAAAUGUCUCUGAGCAAAAUACUUUUACCUGGGUAAUUCCCUUUGGACUGGAAGGUUAGCAUGAAGGCUAAAGAGAAAAAAGCUCCUGUCCUAUCAAGCCUGCGUCCACAGUUGCAGUAUUUUAUGAAUGUAUUUAUUGCCAACAUCAAGGUGCUUAAGAGGAAAACUCGUUCACUAGGAUCAUUGUCAGUUUGCUUUGGAACCAGUUUGAAGCCACAUGUAGCUUUAGUCUGUGUGUAUGUUAAUAGUCUUUUAGAGUUGAGACAUAGACGUUAUUGGACAAAGACAAAAAAACUACAAUUACCCUAAACAUUUGCUGUUUGUAUGCUGAUGUAAUCACACCUGCUGCACCAAAUAAAAAGGAGAGGAAUAAUAA